GAAAACAAGGAUGUGAGGGGUGGAGAGAUGGCUCAGCGGUUAGGAUGGUACUGCUUACGAAGAGAAUCUGAAUUCCAUUCCCAGCACCCGGGUUGUUUCCCAGAGUGGAUGGGAUGCUUAACUAAGUUAAGCGAGCAUUGUCAGGUCCAUGCUACAAGUCACCUGGACCGCAGCUGCAUUUCCCCUUCAGCAAAGCAAGAAACUGUCAUCCCAAAUUCUCCUAGCCUGUGCAGGAAUGAAACGAACUACAACUCCCAGCAUGCUGCGGGGCUUGAAAAAAAAGUAUAAACUUCCAGAGAGGACUACAAUUCCCAGAGUGCUCCAGGACUGCCCAGCUCAGGUCCGUGCGGGGUCAGAAGAGUCCAGCUGCACGUAUCUACUCCUGCUGGCACGGGAGAGACUGUCCACCGCGUUCCUACUGGCGAGGAAGGCGAGUGCCCCAGCCAUGCUCUGCAGACUGGCCCGGACUGCUGUCCCAGGGCUCAAGGUGCCCUGUGCUCAGUGGUCUGGGAACUGGGCGGGGGUCCCAGCCCACGUGGUGGACCUGCGCAGCGACACUGUGACUCGGCCAGGCCCGGCCAUGAGGCGAGCCAUGGCCGAGGCGGCCGUAGGAGACGAUGAUUACGGCGAAGAUCCCACGGUCCACGAACUGCAGGAAAAGGCUGCAAAGCUGCUCGGAGUGGAGCGGACCCUGUUUGUGCCCACCAACACCAUGGCCAACCUCAUCUCUGUGAUGGGUCACUGCCGGCGCCGGGGUUCCCAGGUCAUCCUUGGGCAGGAAUGCCACCUCAACGUCUAUGAGCAGGGCGGAGUGGCUCAGAUCGCUGGGGUUCACUCCCACCCCCUCCCAGACCUGCCCCAAGGCACCCUGGACCUGAAUGAGCUAGAGAGGGCACUGACUCGGGGCUUCGGGAGCGCCUACCAUCCGGUCUGCGAGCUCGUGUGCCUGGAGAACACGCACAACAUCGCAGGGGGCCGGGUCUUACCCAUCGACUACCUCCGCCAAGUGCGCCUGCUGGCCCAUGCCCAUGGAGCGCGGGUCCACCUGGACGGGGCGCGGCUGAUGAACGCAGCUGUGGCUCUGCGUGUGCCUCCCGCCCAUCUCGUGGAGCACUGUGACUCUGUGUCCUUCUGCUUCUCUAAGGGGCUUGGCGCACCAGUCGGGGCUGUGGUUGGGGGAUCCAAAGACUUCAUUGAGGAGGCCUGGCGCCUCCGAAAGGCCCUGGGUGGAGGCAUGCGGCAGGCUGGAGUGCUAGCUGCGGCUGCCCUGGUGGGACUGGAGGAGUCCGAGGAGGUGCUGCCGAGGGACCAUGAGAAUGCGCGGAGAUUCGCUGAAGGACUCCAAGAGCUGGCGUCACCCGUUUGCUCUGUGAACCCCGCCACCGUGGAGACCAACAUGGUGCUGGUACACGUGGCUGGACUGCCCCCGACGGAGCUGUGCCAGCGCCUCCAGGCUGUGAGCGCGGAGGAGGUGGCACAGACUGGCCGUGCCGUGCGCGUGCUGCUGUUUCCCUGGACGGGACGGUCUGUGCGGGCCGUGUGGCACAGAGAUGUGUCUGCUCAGGACACGGAACUGGCACUGAGGAAGUGGGAGUUCGUGCUGAGACAGUUGGAGCCCUGAGCUCAGGGGACCAGGGACCCCUGCCCUGGCUACGACUGAAGUGGGCAGUGAGCUGCACCAAGCCUGGUGAAGGCUGGUCGUCUCUGGAAGAUGACAUCAUUCAGCCUCUGGUUCCCUCCAGUGGUGGCCUCAUCCAGUCAGGAAUAAGCAGACAGGAUGGCAUGAGAUGCAACUGAAUUAUCCAGAGAAGGAUGUGGAUAAAGGGGACAGAUCCUGGGGCUGGGAAGUGUAGCCUGAUUGCCUACUGUGCACAAGCCCUGGGUUCAGUCUCCAACACUGUAUAAACAGGUGUGUUGGCUCACAUCUGGAAUCCUAGCAGGGCGGAGGAUGAGAAGUUCGAGGUCAUUCUGAGCCACACAGAGAGUCUGAUGCAAACCUGGGCUACAGGAGACCCUGUCUUCAAACAAACAGGUCCUUAGUGGCUGACAUAAUGGUGUUAUCAGAGAUGGGCUGUGAAAUAAAGUAUUGAAGGCCUUGUA